AUGGUUGUUCAGAACUGUGCUGUGGACGCCUCAGACGAUAUUCGAACAAUCUGUGUGGUUGUGGCUGUGGGAAUAUGCGUCGCAAUCUGCUUUCAAAAAACUUACUCUUGUAUUGUGAAAUGGGAGAAGGCGAUAAGAAUAUCCUUAGCUAUCCAGGGUGGAUAUGUUCGCAAUGACGAUCGUUUGAUGAAUAAAGAGGUGCAAAAAGCGGCACAAAGGCGGCCUUCGAGAUUUGCCCUAAUAUGGGAACUCGUUUCGAUUCGAUUACUUUUCUAUCUUCUCGGACGUGCUGUGGGAGAAUAUCCACGUUCUUUCCUGCUACUGUCAAUGCUCAUGUCGCUUACAUCGAUGGGUAUGAAAUAUUUGCUACUUCGCGAUAAUAUACGAGAAGGCUAUACACCAGUCAAUGCUGAGUCGUACUAUGAAUCUCUAGUGAUGCGUGAAUUUUCAAAUUCUUCCGUCGAUCCCAUGAGACUAGCUUGUAUGAUGUUGGCUAGAGACGGGAAGUCAAUGCACCGAAAAGAGUAUCUCGAUGAAGCAGAUCGAAUUGUUAAAGCAAUAUAUGGUUUAACUGUGAAGAGUGGCCACCGCCGAAUAAUCUACAGGCAAAUUUGUGAGCCAUACUGUUUUGGAACUGAGGCCUUCAAAACGUUCAAGGAGUACUUUGACAGGCAAUAUAAAAUGGCAGUGGAAUAUGGUUACUUCAGUUCUUUAUAUAAUUUGACGUAUCCAUAUUCGACUAUUAUUCAAGAGAGAAUGCCCAUUGACAAUUUCUUCUUCGGGGUGAAGCUCAUAGACCAGAAUGAAACGGAAGCAGCAAAGAACAAGUCAAGGAUUAAAAGAGUAGUGGAUUGGUUGGAAUAUUGGGUUAAAACCUAUGAUAUCGAUCGAACGAGACCAAUCGAGUAUCAGAUAACAAAUAUGGAACACGUAACUCUAUUAGCUUUGUUCUUAUACGGCAGUAAGAAUACUAAAUUUGCUGUAACCGAUCUAUCACUAUGGGAACUUGGAGUAUAUGACUGGGCCAAACGAUAUAAUAAAGGAAUGUUUACCAAGAAGACAUUGAUUGAACUUUUCAUUUUCGGAAACCAUAUUUUGGACAUGGAAGUCAAUGCAGAUAACAGAAAACUAGCUCCCUAUUUUGGUGGAGGCUUUGGGUUCAUGAUAGGAAUUGUCGUCUUUUUUGUUUUUUCAAGUGCAUAUUAUAGCGAUGCAUUGGAUUCUGGUAAAAUCCUAAUCGGAAUUGGUGCCAUAUUAUGUCCUCUUCUUGCCAUUACCUGUACUUAUGGUAUACUUUCACUUAUGCAAUUACCUAUAAAUUCGUUAUUGUUUGUAAUGCCAUUUUUGAUAAUGGGAGUAGGCGUGGACUCCUCGUUUUUGAUGACGUAUUCAUGGCAGAAGUUAGCAAAUAAAAAAUGCUCGACUUCAGAGAGGUUAGGCGUGGUUUAUCAGGAUUGUGGGCCAAGCAUCACCAUAUCUUCUCUAACCAACAUACUAGCAUUUGCAGUGGGUUAUCUAACACCAACUCCUGAAGUGCAAGCGUUUUGUUUCGGAACUGCUACUGCUAUGGGUCUCACAUAUAUUUUUCAAAUGAUUUUGUUCGGCCCAACUCUAGCAGUAGCCGCUGCUUCUGAAAACCCGAAAUCUUACGUUGAAAGCUUAAGAGGGUGGAGAAGUCAGAUUGAUGUGAUCUCUCGUGUAUUAUUCCGCAUACAUUGUGUUAUUGUAAGUCAUGGAUACAUAGCACUACUCAUCCUAAUUGCAACACUAGUAUACUGGUACUACUCCAUAGAUGGCAUUCUUACGAUGAGAAUCAGUUUGGAUUCAGCGAAGAUUCUUCCAAGAGAUUCUCUGCUUCAUAAACCUAAUUCACUUCUCACAGAUUUCGUAUGGAAGGAAAAUCUUAUGCCGUAUAUUUUUGUCAACACACGUUUCAAUAUAACAGAUCGUAAUUUAACGAAACAAUUCUGGAAUGCAUUGAAAGAGUUGGAAUCACUUCCACACUGUAAAGGACCCAAUUCAUCGUAUGUAUGGUAUAGAAAUUUUGUAAACGAUAACAUUAAAACGAAGAGCGAUUACCCGCUUGAGGAUAUUGUGGAUCCGAAAAAAUUGAGCAUUUUCCUCGCACUUGAUGCACGUCAUUUCAAUACGUCGAUGAAGCUGAGCAAUUCAAGCGGAACCCUUACAGUGGAGAGAUUUUUCAUCAUAUUAGCAUACACAAAUGUUUCGAAUUGGGAUAUUCGCAUAAAGUUGAUGACACAGUGGCGAGAAAUAAUUGCGAAAUAUCCCGACCUCAACAUGACUGUAUAUGAGGAGGGAGGAAUGUUCGUUGAUCAAAUGUUAAGUCUCAAGAGACUUACGGUACAGACUGCUCUUCUGACUCUUUUGUCUAUGACCGCUAUAUGCGCCAUAUUCAUAGGAAGACCUUGGAGUGUGCUGACAGCUUGUGCAUCGAUGGCCUCCAUAAGUAUUGGUGUCAUUGGCAUCAUGUCAAAGCUUUCCUUCGAACUUGAUCCAGUUGUGAUGAUAGCGCAUCUGAUGACUAUCGGAAUGAGUGUGGACUACGUAGCUCAUGCUAUUUACCAUUUCCAGCGUGACAGCAGAAGUGAAGUGAAAGGUGGGAUAUCAGUACAAGUAGCUCUCAAAAGCAUGGCGGAAAAAGUGGAGCACACCGUUCUUUCCGUCGCAUGGCCUAUGGUGCAAGCUGGAUUGUCGACUGUUUGCUGUGUUCUUCCGUUAACUUUUGCAGCGACCUACUCUUCAUCGGUAUUCUUCAGUGCAAUUUUGUUGGUGGUUUUGUUCGGUCUCACACAUGGUCUCAUUAUACUACCAUCAUUUCUAAGCCGUUUUUCGGGAUGGUUCAAUAUAUAUAACUGUUGCAAUAUGAGGAGAGAAAGUGGAGGUGGUACAACAACGAAUCUGCCGAACACAUCGCUACAUUCCCAUGACAGCUAUACAUCUGAGUCACAAGAAAAUUCCUCGAAAACCAAUCCAGAAUAA